AUGGCGGCGGCCAGCGGCGGCUGCGAGGCCCCCGUGCGCCUCCGGCUGCUCUUCGACUACCCUCCCCCGGGGACGCCGGCCUGCGGGCUGUGCUGGCUGCUCCUGGAGCCCCGCCAGGUGCGCCUCGUCACCGACCUGAGCAGCCUCGUCCGGGACAAGUUCGGCUUCAGCCGCCGCGCCAAGCUCAGCCUCUUCCUCGACGGCGCGCUGCUGCCGCCCACCGAGAGCGCCAGGAUCGUGAGGGACAACGACUCUCUCCGGUGGGGCUGAGAGGGGCGCUCGGGGGGUGGGAAAGAAAGAGGGCUGGGUCGGGGGGGGGAGUGAGAGUCGCCCUCGCGCCCCCCAACCCGCCCCACUUUGAACGAACCAGCAGGUGGCUUAUGUUUAGGGGCAGCCUUUCCCAACCUGUGGGUCCCCAGAUGUUGUUGGACUACAACUCCCAUCACCCUUAGCUAGCAAGGCCAGAGCUCAGGGAUGAUGGGAGUUGUAGUCCAACAACCUCUGGGGACCUACAGAUUGAGAACUGCUGGGGGGGGGGGGUGUUCCCCGCCCCUUUGUUCUGGCAAAAUACAGGACAAUUGGGGGUGGGUGGUAGGACUCUGCCCCCCAAUCUGGAGCUCAGAAGGUAUUAUUAUUAUUAUUAUUGUUUUAUUAUUUGAGUUUGUAGACCGCUCUAUACCCGGAGGUAUCAGGGUGGUUCACAGGAAAGAUCAUUACAUAUAUACAGUGGUACCUCGGGUUACAUAUGCUUCAGGUUACAGACUCCGCUAACCCAGAAAUAGUACCUCAGGUUGAGAACUUUGCUUCAGGAUGAGAACAGAAAUGGUGCUCCGGUGGCGCGGCAGCAGCAGGAAGCCCCAUUAGCUAAAGUGGUGCUUCAGGUUAAGAACAGUUUCAGGUUAAGAACGGACCUCCGGAACAAAUUAAGUACUUAACCCGAGGUACCACUGUAAUCAGAAUAAAAAGAGCAACCCAAUAUCAACCCCACCCUCACCCCAAAAAGAGCCACAUUUUAAAAGAGUAUAGAAUGUCAAACAGAUCAACCAAAGGCCUGGUUAAAAAGGAACGGUAGAGGCAAAAUACAUUCCAAGGUAUGAACUCCAGGUUACAGAUAGCUUUUACACAUACGCACUAUGCCAGGCAUAGCCAAACUUGGCCCUCCAGAGGUUUUGGGACUACAACUCCCAUCAUCCCUAGCUAACAUAAGGUUACCAGUUGUCCACGUUUCCUGGGGACAGUCCCCGUUUCUACAAAUCAAUCCCCAUACAAAAUCCAUUGAAGUUGAAAAGUGCCCCUGGAUUCAUUGAAAAAAAUCUGGUAACCUUAAGCUAACAGGACCAGUGGUCAGGGAUGAUGGGAAUUGUUGUCCCCAGACAUCUGGAGGGCCACGUUUGGCCAUGCCUGCACUAUGCAUACUGUUGCUAGCUAAAAGUUAUUAUUUAUCGAGUUUCUAUACCACCAAUCCCUGGAGGUCUCAGGACAGUUCACAGAAAAGAUCACAACAUAUAUAAUCAGAAUAAAAAGAGCAACCCAAUUAAAAAAACCUCAGAAAAGAGCCACAUUUUAAAAGGGUAUAGGAUGCCAAACAGAUCGACCAAAGGCUUGGUUAAAAAGGAACAUGAAACACACACUGCAAACAGGUUGUUCAACUGAAAUCCCUAAGAUUUCUUUGCCAGUGUAGGAUUAAAGUUUGGCACGAAUGGAUGUUUUUAGAGUAACAAUGUAUAAAUGAUGCCAUGAUCAUAACAAAACUUUCUCUUGCAUGAUAUCCCGACAGAGUCAAAUUGGAGGAAGUUAUCGAGGAAGAAGAUAAUGAUAAAAUUGCCAACGGUUUUAGUAACCAAUCAAAAAAACGAAGGAAACGACGCCGGCAGAAGUUGGAAGUGAAAGAUUCUGACAGCGAAGAUGAAGGUCACAGGAAAAGAAAGAAGGGCAAAUGGAACUGUGAGCGUCUUUCUUGUCAGGAAGAGAGCGCUGCAAACAUUCAGGACCCAAAGGCCCUUAAGAAAAGGAAAAACGCAAUCGGAAGAUCAUCUGCCACAGACAGUGGGAGCGAUGAUAGUACUUGCCAUUCCAAGAAGCUUAAAAAAAAAGUUGACCGGGAAAAAGAGCAGGGGGCAGCUAGAGAUAAAAAGAAAAGGAGAAAAGAAAAAGCCAUAGAAAUAAAUAACACUUCACAAAAGACCAACAAGACUUUUUCUUUGAUCCCCAGCCAAAAAAGUGCAGCGAAAACCCCAGUAGGACAGUCCGGCACAAAGAAACGUGAAACCUCAAGCGACUCCUCCACUUCAUCAAGCGAGAGUGACCACAAUAUAGCAGAUGCAAAACGAAAACACUCGCAUCAAACUAAGGUGGCAUCACAGCACGUAAACAAACCACAACAGGCUUCUUCUGCGAAAUCGGCUGGUAAAGUUGCCACUAAACAGAAAGGCAGUGAUCAUCCCAAGGCAGCAUGUAGUAAAAAAGCCAAGAGUCCGUCCUCAAGUUCAGAUUCAGAUUCUACUUCAGGAGAGCAGGAGGAGCAGAAGAGCAAUAACUUGAAAAGUAAGCCGCCAUAUAAUAGCCAAGGAACUGUGGGAGGCCCAGCUUCAAGGAGCAAACCUAAAAGCUCCUCUUCAGAAUCUGAUAGCUCAGACUCGGAGGCUUGCACUGCUAAGAAACCCAAGACAAAUUCUGCAGUCAGUCAGGCGUUGGGAGGGAAUGGCGGGAAACAGCUGCCAGCUGUCACUUGUGGACCAGAAAUAAGUCCCAGCGACAGCAGGCGAGGUCGUGGCAGAGGAGAAAACCCCUUUUGGAGAGGGCCUAGGGUCCGUGGAUGUCGUGGGAUGAUGAGGGGCCGGGGAAGAGGAAGGGGAGAGAAUCUUAACUUCUUCCACAAUUACAACGGUGAGCAGCAAAAGCAGCAACAGUUGCACGAAGUAGCAACAAACUCUUCAGUUAUUAUACAGGUGAGUCUGCUGGCGACUGCCUGCUUUAGUCUCCAUUAACAUUAAAUAAGUUGGAGUUAUUGUUAUUAAAUAUACCAAGAAAAAAGCACACCAAGAACUCAGGCCAAUGUAAGUUUCAAUAGUGGGAUUGGUCCCUACUCACAAAUCAAUAGUCAAUAGUAACAAAAACUAAUCCAUUCAAACGUAUGUAUUCUGACAAGGAUUACAAACUCUAAUAGAGAUUACAAACCCAAACUCAUAAAGACAGGGAUAACACAAUAAUUCGUUACAAAGAUUUUCUCUUUUUCACUUGACAGUAAUGUUGAUCCUUAUAAUUUGUCAGCUUGCAAUGAAGACUCAGUUUCAAUCAUAGAGCAGAAGUCAGAAGUCAAUUAUGGAUUAGAAACCAAGACAGGGCCCUGUUUCGAUGUAUUCACCUUCAUCAGCUGGAAGUAUCAAAUAUUACAUGAAAAUACAUUUUAAUUCUAAAUUAUCAUAAAUUAUAAAACAGUAUUAUGUACCAUUUGGUUCCUUACCUAAUUUUUGAAGGCUCGUGUAAGUUUGAAGACUUUCAGAUAAAUAUAUCCUGUUAUUUUCUAUGUUUCUCAAGGAUAACAACUGAAAAUAAUAUUAAUAAUAAUAAUUACAUGCGUUGAAUCAAAUUAAAAACUCUAAGGCAGCAUAUAAUCAUAUGAUUCCUCACCUACAUGUGGGUAGAUCAACGUGUAUCUUGAGCUGUUCUCGAUGGAACACUGUUUGAUAACUCACAAAAUUAAAAGAAAAACUGGUGUAAAGCAAAGCGUGUAACUGUUAGUGUGAUCGUGAUGACCCUGCCUACACCCUAAAUUACGUACAAAAUAGUAGCCCACAACUGAGCAUUGUGGGUGAAGAAAUCCAGUGCUGCCGUUCUGCUUGCAGAAAGGGUUUAGCUUAAGAGAAUGGGAGAUGGUUUUUUGCUGAUUUUCUACUGUAGUCCCCUGGAAAUCUGUUCCAGGGAGUUGAGGUACUCUUCAGGGCAGCAUGGAAGGAGGUGCUGGGGGAAGGGGGAAUUGGAAAAAGGGAUAUAAAAUAUUAUUAUUAUUAUUAUUAUUAUUAUUAUUAAUUAACUACCCUUCACCAUAAGGUCCCUGGUAAAGCAAUUUAAAAUCAGAAGAAUAGAGUGGACCUAAACGUGUACCUUGGGUGUCAAAAACCAAGAUGAAGAGGUGUGUCUUUAGCAUAUGAUGAAAAUCAUACAGUGAAAGUAAAAUACACAUCUGUGGGAAGGGAAUUCCACAACUUAGGGGCUGCCACAGAUAUUGCCCUUUUCCAGAUCUCCCCCCAAAACUUCUGAGGGCAGUGGCUUCCCCUCUACUGAUCUUAAGACCUGAAGGUUAUAGAGAAAGAAAACAUUUUCCAGAUGUUAGCAGACACUUCCACGACCUCAGAAAACUUUCAGCAAUUGGAACAGCAGCAUUGGGUUUCAUAUUUUGUUGCCUGCAGAGGAAAUAUAGAUACCUCUGAAACCUGACGAGCAGGACAUGAAGGUGGUGGCUUUCCAUACCUGGUUGUUCCCAAUAUCUGGAACCCAGGUAGAGUGCAUCUGCAUGUGGAAGUUCUCUCAUUGCCUCUGGCUUUUCCUGCAAUUUUCCCCUGCCGUCUUUUGCCCUCUAUAUCACAUUAAUGCUCUUUACUGGGUUUGAUUGUGGAUGAUAAUGUUUUUAAUCAUUGUUUCACAGAAUCCACCAGAAGCUCCUAAGAAGGACUAUAGCAUAUUGCCUCUGUUAGCUGCUCCUCCACAAGUAGGAGAGAAAAUUGCCUUUAAGGUAUGAAAUCUCAAAACAUUUUUGUUCCUCGCUUCUUGCUUAGAUAAUUUUUAUCCUGCUCUUCCGUCAUCUUGCAAGCUGUAUGGAGGGAAGACACUAGUAACAUUGGCAGGAAUUUGAGGGCUGGAGUCAAGACUUCUUAUGAUGAGUGUGUUAGCACAUUCUGUUGGGUGAGGUAGACUAAAAAAUACACACUUGUAGUGUUAACGUAGUUCUGGCAUGAAGUCUUUAACUCCUCAAGCAUCUGUUUUAGGUGGCUAUGAUUCUUGAAAGGUCAUAUUCUCGCCUAUUUGCAUAUAUACUUGGGUGGAUUAAAUUGUUUCUUGCACUCUGUUAACCUUGCUGGAAAAAAGGAGUGCAAUACAUAAUAAGAACUGCAAACAGAAGUCUGAGAAGACUGCACAAAUACUUAGGUAAAUUACUUAAAUUAAAAAUGUGUAUUUAAACUGAAAAUACAAACCCUAGGAAGAUACCGGCUGGCUAAAAAGAAAAGAAACUUUGUCUCUCUAACAGUUGUUAAAUGGUGAGCAACCACCAUUGUUGAUGAUGCUUUCAACAUAAUUUCUCCUUCAGGCUCAAAAUCGGAUUAAAGAUAAUAAUAAGAAUAAUUUAUUAUUUAUACCCCACCCAGUCACUCUGGGCAGCUCCCAACAUCAUCAUCAUCAUCAUCAUAAUGUGAUCAAACAUUAAAAACGUCCCUAAACAGGGCUGCCUUCAGAUGUCUUCUAAAAGUCAGAUAGUUGUUUAUUUCCUUGACAUCUGAUGGGAGGGCGUUCUAUAGGAAGGGUGCCACUACCGAGAAGGCCUUCUGCCUGGUUCCCUGUAACCUCAUUUCUCGCAGGGAGGGAACUGCCAGAAGGCCCUCGGAGCUGGACCUCAGUGUCUGGGCUGAACGAUGGGGGUGGAGACGCUCCUUCAGGUAUACUGGACCGAGGCCGUUUAGGGCUUUAAAGGUCAGCACCAACACUUUGAAUUGUGCUCGGAAACAUACUGGGAGCCAAUGUUGGUCUUCCAGGACCGGUGUUAUAUGGUCUUGGCAGCCACUCAAUAGGUGCAUCAGUAGGUGGUUCCUGCGGGGACUAGUAGGGCAGCUACUCUAUCAGAGAUGUUACCAGAGAAGGAGAGUCAGAUGGAGACCUCAUCAUCAUCCACGAACAGGCACAUCCAAGUAGAAACCAUUCAGAGCUGUCUUAUGUGAAGUCAGGCAACAUGUCCGCCCAGCCCGCUAUUGUUUGCUCUGGUUAUUGUCCACAGUUCUAGACUUGAGGAAGAAACUUCUCCAGCCUUGCAACUUUUAAAUGCUAGGGACUGAACCUGGGACGUGAUUACUUGUGAAUAGGGACCAGAGUUCCUACUAUUCUGACAUCUAGAUCAGCUGAUGUGCCCCCUUCCUCAGUUUAGAUAAAUUAAUGCAUCAAUGUGUGUGUGGUUCCUGCCCCCCGGAAAAAUCCAAUUUAGAUUUAUAUUGUUCUCUCACUUAGAGUGUUUGUUGUGGGGGAGGAAGGGAAAGGAGAAUGUUAGCCGCUUUGAGACUCCUUCGGGUAGUAAAUAAUAAUAAUAAUAAUAAUAAUAAUAAUAAUAAUAAUAAUAAUUUUUAUUUAUACCCCGCCCUCCCCAGCCAAGGCCGGGCUCAGGGCGGCUAACAAGCAAUAAUAAAAACAAGUUGAAUGACUACAACUUAAAAAUAAGAUUAAAAUACAACAUUAAAAUAUUGAAACUUUAAAAUACUAAAAUGCAGCCUCAUCACAGGAGGAGAAAGGAAAAAAAGGAAGAGGGGGAGGGAAUCAAAUUGGCUCCAAGCCAUAGGCCAGGCGGAACAACUCUGUCUUACAGGCCCUGCGGAAAGAAAUCAGAUCCUGCAGGGCCCUGGUCUCAUGAGGCAGAGCGUUCCACCAGGCUGGAGCCAGUGUUGAAAAGGCCCUGGCUCUGGUUGAAGCUAAUCUAACUUCCUUAGGGCCUGGGACCACUAGGGUGUUGCAAUUUAUGGACCUUGAGGCUCUCCGUGGGGCAUAUUGGGAGAGGCGGUCUCGUAGGUACAAGGGUCCUAGGCCAUGAAGGGCUUUAAAGGUCAAAAGCAGCACCUUAAAUCUGACCCUGUACUCCACCAGGAGCCAGUACAGCUGGAAAAGCACUGGGUGAAUAUGCUCCCAUGGCAGAGACCCCGUGAGGAGCCUCGCUGCAGCAUUCUGCACCCGCUGGAGAAGAAAGAAAAAAUACAUCAAAGAAAUAAAAUAAAAUAAAAUAAAAAGAUUGACUUCCUUUGACCACUAUAUGGUUCCUAUAAUCUCAUAUCUUGGUUGUCUAUAAUCAUUUUACACAUUUUGGAGAGACAAUUUGUUUACCUGUGGAGUUUUUAAUCUAGGCUAAGCCAAUCAUAAUUAUGGGAACUUGCUUUUCUCAUAUAAUUUGCAAAGACAUCCCAUUCUGAUUUUUCCACUUGGUUGGUUUCUUACUAAUUCUGUUAGUCUUACUAGUUUGAGAUACUCACUUAAUUUUAAUAACCAUUCUACUUUUGUUGGAAUUGUGUUGCUUUUCCAGAAAAGGAAAAGGAUUACCAGCUUGUCUCAUGCUUUCUGUUUGAUCUUCUUUCAACAGCUUUUGGAGCUAACUGAAAAUUACACUCCUGAAGUAUCUGAUUAUAAGGUAUUGAGACUGACUACUGUUCGUUGUGUUUUGAUGGUAUUUUUUUUUUUAGCUAGAUUGCAUCUUGGCCUUUUAAUAUUGCCAUUUCUCAUUGUUUAUUCUAAUAACGGUUAAGAACAUGAGACACAUCAGAAGGUUGCAUAGUUCAAAUUUGGAUUCACCAAGCUCUUAGAAUCAUAGAGUGGAAGGGAACUAUCCCAAGAAAAUCCACUACAUAGUAAAGGUAAAGGGACCCCUGACCAUUAGGUCCAGUCGUGACCGACUCUGGGGUUGCGGCACUCAACUCACUUUAUUGGCCGAGGGAGCCGGCGUACAGCUUUCUGGUCAUGUGGCCAGCAUGACUAAGCCGCUUCUGGCGAACUAGAGCAGCGCACAGAAACACCGUUUACCUUCCCCCCAGAGCGGUACCUAUUUAUCUGCUUGCACUUUGACGUGCUUUUGAACUGCUAGGUUGGCAGGAGCAGGAACUGAGCAACAGGAGCUCACCUCGUUGUGGGGAUUUGAACUGCCGACCUGAUCGGCAAGUCCUAGGCUCUGUGGUUUAACCCACAGCGCCACCCACGUCCCUUUUAUAGUAUCAUACGUUUAAUGCCCAGGAGCAAAGGGAAAGAGAGAAACAUGCACUGCUAACUUCUUGCCAGUGGGGGAGCCUUCAUCUUCCGAAUGAGCUUCUGUUUUGUGUGGCUUAAUAAAAUAAAUGAACAUUCCACGAACUUUGUCUGUAUACAUUCGCUAAGAAUUCGUCAGUAUGCAGGAAAGAAUCCAGAUUAUUUGUUUCAUUUUUAUAUCACCUGUUACUCCGUGGAGCUUAAGGCAACACGGAUGAUUCUCCCCUCCCCAUUUUAUCCUCACAACAACAUUGAGAGGUAGGAUAGUCUGGAAGACGGUGACUGUCCCAAGGUCACCCAGGGAGCUCCAUGGCUUAGUGGGGAUUCAAGCCCUGGUCUCCCAGGUCAUAGGCCAACGUUCUAUAACCAUUGUACCAUACAGUCUCAUAGUACAUACCAGGGUUUCCCAAACUUAGAUCUCCAGCUGUUUUUGGACUACAAUUUCCAUCGUCCCUGGCCACUUGUCCUGCUAGCUCAGGGUGAUGGGAGUUGUAGUCCAAAAACAGCUGGGGACCCAAGUUUGAGAAACCCUGGUGUACAGCAAGAAGCCUGUGCAGGUGGGUAUUCACUUACUUAGGAAAAAGUAAAGGAGCGUUCUCAGCACCUGUUGGGGUGGGGAAUGCUCUGGAAUGACCCCAUUUUCUUGACAGGGAGCAGUUUCUUCCAUAAGAGGAGUUUAGAAUUUGAAGCUGCUUCUGUGCUGGUCCUGGCUUCUGAUUCAAUUCUUGAGUGUGAAAUUGUUAAUUCACACAUACACAUACUGCAUUCCUUUGUGAGGAUCUCUGCCUAUGAAGAUUAAACCACCCAAGGUUAAAGGAGAAAAAUCAGGUUUUGCCCUUGCUACAGCAGUGUCUUUUCAGUUCAAAGGUUAUUUCCCCCCAUAGGAACAAAUGGUACUAAUUCGCUGCACAUGCGAUAGACAAAGGAGGAUCAGGCAUGGACUAAUGCUGCUCUGUCUCUGUUGAGCCUGCUACUGAGAAUCAAGCCUGCUCUUAUCUUUAGCCCCGUCCAUGAGUUCUGUUCCUGGGUCACCCUUGAGUGUGACGGAACAUUCAGAACUGACUUGUGUAUAUAAUGGCAUUCUAAUGAUUUAUGCCGAUCUAUUGCAAUUUGUGGGACGCGGGUGGCGCUGUGGGUUAAACCACAGAGCCUAGGACUUGCCGAUCAGAAGGUAGGCAGUUUGAAUCCUCACGACGGGGUGAGCUCCCGUUGCUCUGUCCCAGCUCCUGCCAACCUAGCAGUUCGAAAGCACGUCAAAGUGCAAGUAGAUAAAUAGGUACCACUCUGGCAGGAAGGUAAACGGCAUUUCCGUGCGCUGCUCUGGUUUGCCAGAAGCAGUUUAGUCAUGCUGGCCACAUGACCCAGAAUCUGUACACCGGCUCCCUCGGCUAAUAAAGCGAGAUGAGCGCCGCAACCCCAGAGUCGGCCACGAUAGGACCUAAUGGUCAGGGGUCCCUUUACCUUUACCUUUAUUGCAGUUUGUACAGGAUUUAAAUGUGGGACAGAUGACAUUUGUCCAUUUGUUCUCGACCUAGAAUAAACACCGCGUUUCUUCCUUUGUCCUUUUUCUUUUUUCCUUUUCAAGGAAGGAAAAAUUGUCAGUUGGAAUCCUGCUAACAAACAGCUAGAACUUGAAAUUCUUUCUUUCUCAUCAGGUAAGAGAUACACAGCUUCGGAGUUGAAUGUGAAUAUGGGUUGUAUUCAAGCAAGUUCUACUUGGAGUAAACCCACAGAAAUUAAUGGAUAGCUCAGUUGGUUAGAGUGUGGUUCUGAUAAUGUCAAGGCUGGAGGUUUGAUCCCCAUAUGAUACAGCUGCAUAUUCCUGCAUUACGGGGGGUUGGACUAGAUGAUCCUUAGGGUCCCUUCCAACUCUACAAUUCUAUGAUUCUAUGACCCAAGUUAGUCAUGUUCAUUCAUUUCAGUGGUUCUGCUCUCACAACUAAUAUUGGCUACAUCCCAGUAUAUUUUCUCUCAUAAAGGCAGCAACUUCUCUUUUAAAGUUGACUUUUCUUUACUAAUUGUACGCCAUUCUGCUUUAACUGCAUGUUACAGUGCGAUUGUUUAUGCAGCAGAAAUAAGUCCCACUGUGUUAAAUGGGACUUACUCCCAGGAAAGUGGUUAUAGGAUUGCAGCCCCAAUUACAUAACCACCCUUGCAACUUCCAGUCACAUUCUAAGUACCUCCAAACCUUUGUACGAAUGUUCUAAUUGUAUUUGUUGUGGUUUUUGUUUCUUCUAAGUUUCAAAAGAGCCAGGGAAGUUUGAUCUGGUUUACCAGUCUGCAGAUGGAGCCGAAAGAAUAGAAUAUGCUGUAUCUCACGAUAGGAAGGUAUGGGGGUAGCACUUUCUUGAAAUUAAUUUGCAGGAGCCUCCUUUAAAAUUAUUCCAAUGACUUUUUAUUUCUUACCAUGUUCGUAGGGCACAUUCCAUUCUCUACUUAAUUGCAAUGUUUCUUUGUGUGGAGGAUUCUCAACCCUUUGCACUGCAUAUUACUUGCCUUAUAGGACAGGCUAGAGGAGAGGUGUCCCAGACUGUCCCCCAACUGCCUGUAAUAUAGCAUAUGUAUGUGCCAAGGUGUGUUCGGGGGAGACAUGAGGGAACAGAGCUCUGUUGAGCCCUGCUGGAAUUCUCCGUGCUGGAGGGUUUUCAUCCACAUUGGAAGUAUAUUCUCCUUACAGAGGAGGCCUAGGACCCAGGUACCUACGGGACUGCCUCUCCUGGUAUGCCCCGCGGAGGACCUUAAGGUCCACAAAUAACAACAUUUUGGAGGUCCCAAGUCGCAAGGUGGUUAGAUUAGUCUUAACUAGGGCCAGGGCCUUUUCAGUACUGGCCCCAAGUUGGUGGAACACUCUGUCACAACAGACUAGGGUCCUGUGGGACUUGACAUCUUUCCGCAGGGCCUGCAAGACAGAGCUGUUCCGCCUGGCCUUUGGUUUGGACUCAGUCUGACCCUUAUGUUUCCCUCCCCUUAUGGUUUUGAUCUAUGGGCUACUUUUAAAAUGAGGCUGCAUUUUAAAUUGCAUUUUAACCUGUAUCUUAAAUUGGUCCCCCCCCCCAUUAUGUUUUUACUGUAAUUUACUGGUGUUAGCCGCCCUGAGCCCGGCUCUGGCGGGGGAGGGUGGGGUAUAAAUAAAAAUUAUUAUUAUUAUUAUUAUUAUUAUUAUUAUUAUUAUGUGUUCGAAGGGCAAUAUCCAAAUAAUUUGGGGCAGCGUUCAACUAACUAGUCCUUUUAGUGCAAAGAUUACCACUAGUGCAAGGAGACUUUUCUGUGCCCUCAGCAAAUCUGCUCUGGAAAUUUGGGGAAACCCUUGCAACAUAUUUAGGGGAGGAGAAGGGAAAAGAUGACGUUGCACAAGGAGAAAUCCUCACGCCUACGGAACAAUUGUAUUAGUGCUAUGUUGAAUGCAACCCUCAUACUCAAAGCGGAACAAAUGAAACCAGUCCAUUGGUUUCACUGGUUCUUUCUUUUUAAAAUGAUAUUUAUUGAAAAAAGAAUUUUUUAAAAAAAAAAUUACAAAGAAAAAAGACAAAAACAGAAAAAUAAAAAAUAAAACCAUCAUUUUCAAAUUCUCCACUUUCAUUACCUUCUUUCCAUGACUACCUCCUCCUCCCAUCUCUUGUAUCUUGAUUAAUAAUUGUCACAGCAAAUCCUUUCCAUAAUUCAUAAUAUUCUGUCAUUACAUUACCUUACUCUAUUUUCAUCUUAUCUUAUAAAAAAACCUUAAAACUUAAGACUUAGAUCUUAUUUUUACCAACUUCUCAUAACCAUUACCUUUUUUACCUAAUUCUUUAAACAUUUUUACAAGAGCCAAGUAAUUUCAUUUCAACAUUUUUCCAACGUUCAUCAAUUUUAUAAAACAUUUCUAAUGAUAAAAAAAAAGAAAUAAAAACCAUCCAAUCUUCUUCCAGCGUCCCCUCCCCCCGGUCCCGGGAUUGUCAGUCCUUUUUAUCCCAUUAGUCUGGCACAUUAACCUGGUGAUCUUAUAUCCGAGGCCUUCGAAUCGCUUCCAUGUCCCUUCCGCAGCUCUUCUUCAUAUUUUCCUUUCACUCGUGGGAACUCCAGCUUGGUAGUGUUUUUGACCCUUUUCAACAAAUCAGCCCCUUUCCCAUAGUCCAGGCUAGACUCCAUGUGGUAUUUUAAGACAUGUUUCAAAUUCCCUCCAAAAUUGGAAGUCCCAACAGCUCCAAACCUCUGACGGCCCAUUGCCAGACUCGGAAAGUCCAAACAUCCCUGCAUAGGGGGGUUAGUCCAACCCCCCAUUUCCAAAUCAAUCCAAACUUUGUCUUUCCAAAUCUGGUUUUUUCCAAGUUCAUUUGUCAAAUCCAAAGGCUCAUUUUCCUGCUGGGUCAAAAGUCCCUCCAUCUCUGGCGCCCAAGAUUCUGCAACAUCCUCUUCUCUCAUCUGCUCUGUCAGGACACACUCCUGUUUAAUUUCCUGGGUGGGCUCCAUAUAGUUUCCCACUACCUGUUCAAAUGUUCUGGCUGCAUUAGUCAUCAAAUCCGUCUUCUGACUUAACUGAUCCAAUAGGGCAUUUAUUUUACAGAAAGCACCCAACAGUGCUUCUGAAAACAUUGUCCUGCAAGGUCACAAGUCCUUUCCCACGGUUGUAAUCUGUGGCAGCUGCAAGCUCCCUAGAAUUGGUUACAGUUUCACAGUCCCCCUCUAGGGGGAAAACUUCUGGUUGUUCUUUCUUUUAAGGACAAUAGCAACAAAGUUUCUUUUUUUAAAGAUAUUUUGUCAAUAUUUGUUCCUUUAAAAUGCGAAAGGAAACAGUGGAAUCACAAUGUUACUCUUCUUUUAACUAUCUGUCAAAAACAUUUGUUUCUGGUCAAUGAGCUUCAAAACGUCAAUUCUGACACCCCGCUCCAGGGUCAGGACGGUGGAAAGUUACUUUACUUUAAACUCACUUCUGCAGGUUUAAACAGUCCAAAAAAGAUCCCCCUUCUUCUCCUGCUACCGAAGGGGGGUUCAACGAUUUUAAAUGGUGAAAACCGAUCCUUUAAAAGUGAUUUUCUAAGCUCUAGUGUACGUUAUCUUUGCUUUCUUCUAACUACAAGGAAACAGAAGGCUGACUUCCUGUUUAGACCUUCCCGUUUCAGUACCAAAUUAAGGUGAAUUUUUAAGUCCAAUUCCUUUCUAAUCGCCAGUUCUUAUUUGAAGUCCAAUGGUUCAAUGUUUAAGUACUCACAGGUGAUUAUUUUAGAUGCCAAAUUGUCCCAGGAAAAAGGCAGCGCUCUCCGGCAACGGCUAUGCGGCUUCGCUCCACGGAAAAAGCAGUUGACUCACAGCACCGCGCCACUUCCCCCUCUUCGCUUCGGAGCCCGUUAGUGGGUUCCUUUGUGGGUUGGGGGGGCGCUAAGGGUGCCCGCCGAGUCCCACGGUCACAGGCUUCAUCCGCCUGUGAUUUCUAAAAGGGUCCCCGCUUCGCCACAGCAGAAAGGACCCGUUUCACGCGGAGCUGGUCCCUCCGGUUCAGAGGGAGUCCGCCAUUGCCGAUGGCGCCACCCCAGAAGUCCCACUGGUUCUCCUGUUGAUUAAGACACUAAAUAUCACACCAAGAAAAUAACUGGUACCAAUACAAACUCUUUGUCUAGUUCCCUAUUUUUAAUAUUUAUAGAAGUCUGCAUUGUUUCAGAUGUUGUGUACAAACGAAAUACUGCUUAAUCAAUGCAAGUAUACUAAAGUGCUGGCACUUUGUCUACUGUUUUAACUUAGAGCAUGCAAUCAUUUUGACAUUAUUGCGAUAGGAAGAAGCCUAGGUGACCUUUGGGUUUAACACACGCCUUAUCCAACGUGGCAACAGGGAUGAGAUUGGAAGCUUUCGCUUCUGCUUUUAAUGAACUGCAGCUUUAUGUGUCAUUCAGACCUGACAAUCUGUUUCCCCCCCUGAAUUAUUGUUUGCUUGAAACGAGGCAACUUCAAACAAGGUACACGAAGCUGGCUUGUUUCAAUAAGUCAUAGAGAUUAACCACAGGUUGAUUGAAAAAAUAAGUGAAGGCUUAUGAUCUCCUGGUGGUCACACGCCAUGGGAAGUGGGAGGGAGCCUCAGGCUUGCUUAGACUCAUUCCUGCCAUGUUUAUCAUGAUGCCUGAAUGCAGCCAGGGAGAGAAACUGAUUCAGCCUCGAAGCUAUCAGACAUAGGUCUUGUUCAGCAAUUUGUCUCUUGGGCAAGCGUGUGUUAAAAUUGAUUUUAUUAUACAAAAUAGUUUAAUCACGUUAAAUUUAUUUAAAAGGGUUAAUGCUGGUGAAAUGGCAUGUAUCUGAUCUGCUCAUGUUGAGUCUUACAUGCAUUUUUCCCCCCUUUAGAUAACUGAAAGUUGGGAUGCAUUGAUUGAACCCAGACUAAUAGUUGACCCUCCGAAUAACGAAUCAGGCACGGGAAAUGGAAAUCCCUAA